AUGACCAAAUCGCUUUUCGUUCUGUCGCCCAGCGGGCAGCAGCAAUGCGCGGGGGAGUAUGUCCGCCUGGACCUGUCAGCCAACGGCCACCCCGUCUGGGAGCAGAAGGCUGGCAGCUUCUGGCUGUACUCAGGGAAGAACGGCAUGUGGAUCAUCGGUGGCUUGGACGCCAAGGAGAAGGCCUUCAACUGCUCUCAUGGCCUGAUCUUUUGCCGAACCCUCCAUGGAGGAGUCACGCCCGACAAAGUUACGGGUGUUUGGGAGAGACUGCACGGGGAGAACUUCAUUGAGGAUACUCACAUCUCGGUGGCCACAAGUCUCAACAAGCCCCUCUCCCUGCGCGUGGUCAGCCCCAACGGCCAGCAAAGAUGCGCCGGAGAAUACGUGUUGACGGACAUGGUAGCGAAUGGCCUGCCCGUUUGGGAGCACAAGUCGGGAAGGAGUUUCCUGUACUGCGGCACGAACGGCUCCUGGAUCCUCGGAGGCUCUGAGGCCAAGGACAAAGACUUCAAGUGCGCCAAAGGUGUGAUCUAUUCCAAGCGCGCCAGCGGCGGGGUGAUGCCCGAAAAGAUUGGUGGAGUGUGGCUGCGAUUGGGUGGCGACCAGUUUUAUGAGGACUCUGCCAUCACAAUCUCUCUCAAGCCGCAGCGCCUCUAUGUGCAGACGCCCAAUGGCCAGCACAGGUGUGCCGGGGAGUACGUGCCAGUGGCGGACCGCAUGGCCAAUGGAUACCCGCUCUGGGAGCACACCGGGGGCCGUUGCUGGCUCUACUCAGGCAACAACGGCAUGUGGAUCAUCGGCGGCACAGACGCCGCCGCCAAGGAGUUUCAGUGCACCCGCGGCGUCAUUUUCUGCCAGACGGUGCACGGCGGACUGAUGCCGGACAAGAUGGUCGGGAACUGGCAGCGGCUGGAUGGUGACAAGUUCCGCGAGGAUGCUGCCAUCCUGGUGAGCACGAAGCCCCCGAGCCUACACAUCGUGUCGCCCAACGGCCAGACGAGGUGUGGCGGGGAGUACUUGCUGCUGGCGGAGCGCUUCCGGAACCAGCCGGUGUGGAAGCAGCGGCGGAACCACUUUAGGAUUUGCUCCAGUGAAGAUGGCGCUUGGGUGGUGCUGGGAGAGCCCAAGGAGGAUCCAGAUGAGCACCCAGUGCUGAAAUGCGAGCUCCCGCACAACGGGCUGAUGCCUGACAAGUCGAAUGCCGCCGGCAGCACCACGCAGAUCGCGAUGGUGCCGCCGUGCCGGCUGAUCGUGCGCGCCACCGCAGGGGCGCGCGUCAUUGGCAAGCAGGGCGCCAGCGUCAAGGCCAUCCGCGCCAUGGCAGGGGCCCACAGCGUGCGGGUGCUGCAGGACGAACUGCCGGAGGCCCUGAAGCGCCGCCAGGAGUGCAUCGUGAUGAUCUCCUGCGGCGAGGAGGGUACGCUGCGGCAGGCGGUCUCCAUGGUGCUGGACCGGGUCUUCGACCGCUCCGGGCUCCCGGACACUGCGGACCGGGACCGGGAAAGGCCCCACGUGCUGGACAUGAUCGUGCCGGAACGCGCGGGGGGCGGCAUCGUGGGCCAGGGCGGGGAGCGCAUCCGUGCCAUCAUCGAGGAGCUGGGCUGCGAGGUCCAGGUGUCCCGCGAGCCGCUGGCGGGCAUCGCAGGGCACAAGCGGGUGAAGCUGCUGGCCCGGGACCGGAAGCCCAUCGAGGCCGCCCUGUGGCGACUCCAGUCCACCCUCAAGGAGUUGGUGGGCUCUGAGGUGCUGCGCCCGGAGCAUUUCGAGCUCCGGGAGGCCUUGCCCUCUGAGGAGGAGGCCGCCAUGCGCCAGGCCAAGGCAGAGGCGGCCGCCGCUGGCCGGGGUGAGGUACCUUUGCGUAUCCUGCUGGCUCAGGGAGAGGCGGCCACGGUGGUGGGGAAGUUGGGCGCCAACGUGGCGCGGCUGCGCGACCUGGCGCUGGUCUCCAUCGACGACGCCAUGGCGCCUCUGGACUGCACGGAGCGGAUCUGCUCCGCGCAGAUGGCCAGCCUGGCGCAGCGGCUCCGCGUGCUGCGCCUGGUGCUGGGGGACCUGGCCACGCGCAACGCCGCCAUCGCGCGAGAGGAGGCUGGCUACGAGGAGCCCUCCGCCGAGCGGUCCGAGCGGUCCGAGCGGUCCGAGCGGCAGGGCGAGGGCCUGCGCCCGGUAAAGGCGCGGCUGCUCUUCCCGGCGGAGCGGUGGCCGGAGCUGGAGCCUGUGCUCAAGGCGGAGCAGAGUAGCUUCCCGGAGGUGCAGCUGGAAGCGCAGGCGGCAGCAGAUGGGUUCCACCUCUGUGUGGUGAGCAUGGAGGGCCCGGAGGAGGCCGUGGCGCUGAGCGGCUGGCGCCUGCACCGCUGCCUGGAGCCCUGGGAGGUGGCGGAGCCGCCGCCCCGAGUGCAGCUGGAAGAAGAGGAGGACAGGCCCAAAGGGAAGGCCAAAGGCAAGGGCAAGGGCGCCCCCGCAGUCUCCGAGCUGACUGCGGUUUCCUCCCCGCACUUCGGGAGACUGGAGGAAGCCCGUGAGGCGCGGCCCCGUUUCGAGCCCAACUUGGAGCCCAGAGCGCCGGCCGCGCCGGCCCCAGCCCCGGCAGCUACCCCGGUGACCUCGGCCGAGCCAGCGCGAGAAGCUCCGCCGGCGGCUGUGCCCUUGAUGGUGGCCUUGCCGGACCAGCAGACUGCCAGAUGGAUGGCGAGCGAGGCCAGCGGCAUAGCGAGGAAGACCGGAGUCAAGUUGUCCAGUGCGGACUCCUUCCCCAUCCUGGAAAUCCGCGGGUCUCCCGACAACGCAGCCGCCGCCUGCUACUUUGUGCAGCUGCAGCUCUGGAUGAGCACCUUGAGGGUCUUUGCUUCUUGGCAGAGGCUGGAAGGCGAGAAGAUGAUUCAGGACGACAGCAUCAAGGUGACGUCUACGUCGUCCAUCGCAAAGCCCGCCAAGCUGCAUGUGUCGUCCCCCAACGGGCAGCAGAACUGUGGCGGCGAGUAUGUGCUGAUGGCUGGGGAAUCUGCGAACAGCAACCCGCUGUGGCAGCAGAUGGGUGGUAAGUACUGGCUCUACUCAGGCACGAAUGGUCUCUGGAUCCUCGGGGGCAACGGCGCGAAGAAGAAGGGCUUCGAGUGCUCGCUGGGCGUCAUCUAUUCGGCCACUCCUCACGGAGGCCAAAUGCCGCACCAGGUGCCCGGCAUUUGGAAUCGCCUGCAGGGACAGGAGUUUGUGGAGGACGACAAGAUCCGAGUGAGCGAGGGGCCUGCAUAG